AUGUAUAGCAACAUCUGCUCGGUAGUUAAGGUGAAUGGUUACCAGUCGGAACCAUUCAGCUUCAUGCGUUCAGUCUGUCGGGAGUGUCCGCUCUCGUCUCUGCUGUAUGUACUGGUUCUAGAUCCACUGCUACAGAGGCUGGAGAAGCAUCUCCGUGAAUUAGCACGUGGUAGAACCGUGUCGACAUACGCAGACGACGUCGCCGUCAUAGUGUCGAACAACAGGCACAUAGACCUGGUCGGCACCGCUCUAAAAGAAUACGAAGCGGUGACAGGAGUAAAAGUUAACCGAGAAAAGUUAGUGGGCCGGAGUUCGGUUCCCGGAAAAGCAGAACCAUACCGUUCAAUAGUAGGACGCUGGACGGAGAGACCGAUUAUAUUACUUGGGGUCUGGUUUAGUCUGGAUCUCCAGGUGAAGAACUGGGAUGAGGCGAUGGACAAGGUGGGCAUGUAG